GAUGAUACCGCGAUUGAGCGCUCUCCUCAUGUGAAGUCAAUCACAUUUAAAGUCAUGCCGUCGCUCUGAGGUUCACGGGGUAUUGUUUACUAAGGUAAGGUAUUCAAUGUCUCGCACGCGAUCGUGGCCCCCGCUGUCUACCUAUCUACCUGUGACGACGAUCUUACGGUAUCCCUACAUCAACAACAUUCCUCUCUCCCGGGUAACAUAAACAUACAGAUACAACGACGACAACGACAAGUACAGAGCCAAUGUGCACCUAUAAUCCUUUCAAAUACCACGACUAAUCCACCCAUCAGACCCAAAAUCACGAAAUAAACACUAUUCAAUCCCAACAACCCCGGAAUGCAGCCCUCCAUGCUCCCCUCCAUCUUCCUCCUCCCUCCUGAGCUCCUACUCCUCAUCCUCUCCUACCUCGACAUCCCCGACCUCCUCUCCACCUCCCGAACCUGCCAUCUCCUCCGUACCCUCUCCCUCGACCCCAAUCUACACGCCUCCCGCCUCCACCGCGCCUUCGUCAACCUAACCCACUACCUGCCGAUCCGCCCGCCUCUCUCUGAGCUCAUGGGCCAACGCAUCUACAUCACGCGAACUUCCCUCGCGGCACGCUCGCUCUCUCACAAUCUCAUCCGCAUCAAGCUGAACCGGCAGCUCUCGCGGCGGCCGAGCGCUGAGAGCCUCGUCGGCCGCGGCGUGCUGCCGGUGGAGUGUUUCGGGCAUUUGAACGCGAGUGUGAAUACCCCCGGGGGAGCGAAGAGGGAGCCGGGCGUAAGGGGGUAUAUAGGCUUGGCCCCGAGCUUGAUAGAGACGAAGAGGAGGGUGGAGAGGGAGAGGGUCAAGGAUAAGCUGAGGGGGUGGGUGGAGGAGUGGAGGAGGAGGUGGGAAAGGAGGGCUGGGGAGGAGCAUGCGAAGCCGGAUGUGAGGAGGAUGGCGAGGAGGUUUGCGAGGGAUGGGAAUGCGAAGGGGGAGGGGGAGAGGGAGCCUAGGUGGGGGAGGGCGGCUGGGAGGGAGAGGGAGGAGCCGACUAGAGCGAAGGUCUUGGGUCUCAGGCGCUUCUGGGAGACGGUUGGAAAGGAGGGCACGGCUUCUUAGGAUUGGCGGUUCUGGGGGUAUAGGUGCUAUGGUUGUUGGCCUUGGUUCGGUGCUGGGAGUUUUAUCUAUGGGUGGUUAAUCUCUUAAUAUCUGGGGCACUGCAGGCGCAUCUGUUGGGUUCUUUGGCUAUCAUAAUGAUAAUAUCUGGUAUCAAUAUUGGAUAGUCUAGCAUUCUAUCUUUGGAACUAAUGGACUUCUACUAUGAAAUAUGAAUAUAUACAU